UGAUUUUGGAGAUUAGGUGUGUGGAGGGGUAAAGAAUCCUUAUGGUCGCUAACGUGGCGGUCAGAUUAUGCCUCAUCUGGCACUAGUUUUUUUUGUAUCAAUUUACCAUUCAAAACGAUCGCCUUUCCUUUAAGGGGGGUUAAUUCAUCCUAGGCAGUGGCAUCCGUCGUCAUGGGCUUGAUUUGAAUCUGGGGUUUGCCUCCCGACCCGGAAGCACCACCUCACUUUCACAACCGUCUUCAUGUCCAACCAUAUUUCUUUGCCUCCACACCACUGACACAAUUAGCUUACAAAAUGUCCGCCAGUCGGUCCCAUUUGAAGACUUCCCUUCCUUCGGCUCAUGCUGCUUCCACACAGGCUCCGUCCAGCAUGCGCCGUGCGCCACCAAAGUCCAAUACGUCGCGCCAGCAAAAAGGACCGCCCGCGAACAUGCCAAACGCAGAUCCACGUCAUCUCGCCAUAGCUUUACAUCAUGCGCACCGUAUUCAGGCUCAAAAGGAUACGGAAUCUCUUAUCUUGGAUCGCAUUCUUGAGCUCGUCACGUUUCCGUCUUCGCCUUCAGCAGAUCCUGCUUCCCCGUCACCCGAGGAUGCCCAGGCUUUCAAAUCAGCUUUGAUACCCUUCCAGCCAGCGGACUACGAUAAUUUGAUCCAGGAGCGGAAUAUUGAGGGUCUCUGCGGAUACGGUCUAUGUCCUCGCGAGCACCGCAAGGACGACUCUCGUGGGUCUUAUCGCAUAACGUGGGGUGCUAAAGGGAGUGGCCCUGGUGGCCGGGGACGGGAUAUGAACAUAGUUCCUCGCGAGAAGCUUGAGAUGUGGUGUUCGGAUGAGUGCGCUGAAAGAGCCUUGUACAUUCGGGUACAGUUAGCCGAGGAGCCAGUAUGGGAAAGGCGUGCCGAUGACGCCCGGGGCAAGAAUCUCCUCUUGCUUGAGGAAGGAAGGGCAACGACACGGGGAGGGAAAGGCAAGGCGAGUAGCUCUGCCACGGUAAGGGAGGUUACUGGUCAAUUGGACAAUCUGCACAUGAGCAAAACGCCAGGUUCGAGCAACCUAGCAGGUGACAUGUCCAAACUCUCGGUUCAUGACAGUGCUCACUCCCAUGAACUCGCCUUGGAACGCGGAGAUGCAAACCCGGCGUUACGGGCCGGGCGAGUAGAUGUUCAGAUCCAGGAGAAGGAUAACCUAGCGUAUAAGCACGUCACAGCACCGGAGAUGCGCCCAGGGGACGACAAAGGAGGCUCUAUUGAAGGUUACGUGCCUCAAGAAUUUUAAGAAAGGAAUUGGAGUAUUCUCCAGCAUAUACCAUCAUAAUUCUGACUUAUACAGAUGGAGCGUUCACAUUUGAUGAUACCCAGGCUGGCAAGUAGAUAUACUAGGCAAAUGAAGUCCACUGUUUUAGUGAAGACGCCAGCUUCUCUGAGCAUGAUUCUCGCUACUUUCAUAAGCUCAAGUAAGUGCCAGACAUUGUCAAAGCAACGGACGAGCUUCAUAGAC